AUGGCAGACGCGGAGACUGUCUUAAAUAAGUUACUCGACAGAAUCAUUGACGAACCGUACAAAAGUGGAAUAAGAUCAUUCGUUCCUUUGACGAGCGGAGGCGCGAACUUCACUUCAGCGUUAUUCAUCAUCACAAUCACGGCAAAGAAUAAAGAUGACCUGAAACUUUUUGCCAAAGUAGCUGAUAUUAAAGGUCAACUAAGAGAUUUAAUGAACGUGAAAUUAUUGUUUGAUACCGAACAAUUUGUGUAUUCUGAGCUCGGGAAGACUUACAAAGAAAUACAAGACAAACACAACGUUGCACCGGAAUACAGAUUCACAUUCCCUAAAUUCUACGGCGGUGAGAGUGUUGAAGAACAAGAGACAGUUGUUUUAGAAGAUUUGGUGUCCAAAGGAUAUAACACAUAUAGCAGGUUUAAAUCCAUCGAUUGGGAGCAUGCAGCGACUGCAGUCGAAUCUCUCGCACGGUUCCAUGCGUUAUCCUUUGCAUUUGAAAAGGAGGAUCCUGUGAAUUUCGCCAAAGCACUGGAAAGGGUGAAAUAUCAAGUACCAGAACGUGACGAUAGUCUAAGAGAGUCGCGGUUUAAAAUUGUAGAAGGUGCCAUUCAGGUUACUAAAGAAGAACACAAGGAAGCAAUUACAAACUUUUUGUUAGUAGAAGACUUAACUCAAGAAGAAUUAUAUCAGUUUAAGCUGCCGUUGAGUAGGCCAGUUUUGUGUCACGGGGACUACAGAAUGAGUAAUCUCAUGUUUCAGCGACAGAACGGGAUCCUCAAAACUCUCGUCUUGGAUUACCAAACUUGCCACUCCGGAUGUGCUCCCAUCGACCUGCUGUACCUGGAGUUCACGGGAACAGACGAGGAGUUCCGUCGAGAGAACCAUCAGAGGUUCAUUGAUCAUUACUUCACAGAGUUGACGCUGGCGCUAGGUAGACUGGGCUUGGAUGUCAACGACGUGUAUCCUAGGGAGCUAUUUGAUGAUGAACUUCGGCAGAUGCUGCCAGUUAUGCUUCGCUUAGCUGCUGUUGUCCUUCCCAUGGUGCUGGUGGAUGCUGAACAUGCUCCUCAACUUGGAAAGGCUGGUGAUGUAGAAAACAUAGUCAUAUCACCCAACAAGCUCUUUGCUGAACGGUUUAGUGGCAUCGUCUGUGAUUGUGUGCGUUGGGGGGUCAUAUAA